AUGCGUCUGGAGACACCACAUGACGACCCCGAGGAUUCUCGGGCUCGUUUCGAGAGCAAGUCUCACGAACGCACAGACAUCAUGCUGUUGGACGGUUAUGACGAGAGUGAGGGCACUGUGGUGAUUAACAUCAACGGACGCUGGGGCAGCAUCUGUGAUGACAACUGGUCUCUCAAGGAGGCGACCGUUGUGUGCAAACAACUGGGUUUUCCCUACGCUCUACAGGCCACUACUCGUGAUUUCUUCGCUUCAAAUGGAAUGCAUCCCUAUUUAAUGGAUGACGUCAGCUGUACCGGAAACGAAACCAGGCUCCAGGACUGUAACUACUGGGAUGAGCACGAUUGCAGUAAUCGUGAAGAAGCUGGAGUGGUUUGUCUUAAUCCAAAUCUCAAGGCAGACCUCUACAACCCUCGUAAUCCUCAGAUCCACGGAUUGAGCCAAAAUCACAUGCAGGCAAUGCGACAGCAAAAAUUCGGAGUGACAGUUGGCAAACAGUUUGGUCCGAACGCAGGCAUCGUCAUGAUCUCAAUCGAGGAGCCACGGUCACAAGACGACGCCGACGCGGUCACGGUCGUAGGAGGCGUCUGUCCGGAUCGUUUCUUCGGGCCUGAGGCAAAUGUCGCCUGCAGGUCCAUCGGCUACCCGUAUGCGUCGGCAUACAAGAAGGUGAGCCGGCACAUUUUGCCACCCGUAUAG